AUUUUUGAUAAAACAAAGUGCAAUUGAGCACUUUUGGGCCGUUCGUGCAAAGUUAUUGUAAUUGUUGCCCCCAAAUCCCAAUCGCAUAGAAAUUUGGAUUGGAAGCAUCGCAUGCCGAGUCUGAGCCUGAGUCUCUUCACCAACGUCCCGGUCGACGCCGUUGUAGCUUCUGACAUUCUCAAAGACGCUACUAAAGCGGUUGGAAGAAUCAUGGGGAAACCCGAGUCCUAUGUGGUGAUCCUGCUGAACGGGAGUGUGCCCAUCGCAUUUUCAGGCACCGAAGCACCUGCUGCCUACGGUGAAUUGAUGUCUAUCGGAGGACUUGGGCCUAGCGUUAACGGAAAACUCAGCUCCACCAUUGCUGAAAUUCUGCAAAAAAAACUUUACAUCGAUGGCUCUCGUUUCUACAUCAAAUUUUUCGAUGUUCAGAUGGUGAUAAACGGGAUCAUGACAUGAGCGUUUUGAGACCAAUACUUGUGGUGCUUUGCGGAGAACUUCUACACGCAGAGAUGCUCAUUUAAUAUUAGAGACCUCUUUUGUUUUUGUUUAUUUGUAAUCGUUGGUAUUCUUCUAUUGGAUGAUAUAGAUGUAUUGGUUGCUACUAUUAUAUGUUGUGGUGUUUUGGACAGAACUUUGUGGUUGCUACUAUUAUAUGUUGCGGUGCUUUGGUCAAAACUUUGUCAUGUAGAGAUGCUCUUAUUUUUAAAAUAAGAGAACUCUGUUUUUUCUUAAUAAUUUUUUGCACUCAUUUUUUAAUGAUGGAUGUAUUGGAAGGCC